CGUGAUGCCAUUUCUGAUAGUGUCAGGCGACGCCGCAUCGGAUUUCGACCCUUCACGCUUUUGAAGGCGAUAAUUCGGCGACGUAACGAUAUUGUCAACACAAAUCGACAUCGUCAGAAUUAGCAAACAUGGCUCAGUCAAGAAGAAGAGGCCAGAUGUGUUGUGUCUACGGAUGUGUAAAUUGCCGCUAUGACAAGGAGAAUGCAUUGUCUGAUAAUCAUUUUUUUAACAUUCCAAAACAUGUUCUAGAAAACAGAAAACAAAAGCAACGUUGGUGCGCAUUAAUAAAAAGACAAGAUGGGCUUGAUGGGUUCAACAUGACUCCAAGAACUGUGAUUUGCCACGAACAUUUUCUUGAGUCAGAUUUUAAGAAAGCCUUAGGUAGUAAGCGAUGGACUUUAGAACCUGGAGUAGAGCCAUCAGUUUUCAACUGGUCAAAAGUCAGUGAACGAAAGCCUCCAAAGAACCGCCUGCCAUUGUCGCCAAGCAAGGACCAAGCAAAUCUGAUGGUGGAUGCACCUGUGUCGCCAGACAAUCAUCCAGAGUUUACAGCAGUCAAGUUGCCUCAAAUGGCAGAUAAAGCAUGCCAAACGGAAACAGAAGAUUUAAUUGCAGAGGUUAGUGUGCAACCAGUAUCAUCUACACACUGUGACCAUGAAUAUUCCACAUUAAAGUCGUUCACAGACGUGGAACUUCUUAGCGAACAGUUAAAAGCGUGUCAGGCAAAGUGUGAUUAUUUGGAAAAGACAAUUGAUGAAUUAAAUGCAACCAUCAGUGAAUUUGAAGCCAAUAGGUUUUCCUUAGAAAAAAUAAGUGAUGACAAGCAUGCAGUGAUGUUCUACACAGGCUUUCCAAACAUUGAAACAUUUAAUGCUUUUUUUAAAUAUUUAGAGACAAAAAGUGAGAAACUUAAUUAUUGGAGAGGGCGCAGUGAGUCAGGGGAAGAUGCUCCAAAACACCAAACACACAGUACAAGCAGACCUGGGAAAAAACGGGCAUUAUCAACAAAAGAAGAAUUGUUUAUGGUGCUUGUAAGGUUAAAGGUUGGGUUGUUUGUAAGGGACAUUUCUGAACGUUUUGGCAUUUCUCAAGGACAUUUUUCAAAAAUCUUCACAACUUGGAUUAUUUUCUUGUCUCAUGAACUUCCCGACUUAUUUCCAUUUCCUUCCCAGAAGUCUGUCAGAAAAAAUAUGCCGUUAGAAUUCAACCAGUACCCAACAACACGAAUCAUCAUUGAUUGUACAGAAAUCUUUAUUGAAGUUUCAAGCGUAAUGGCAACCCAAAGUCAAACAUGGUCCAACUACAAGCACCAUAACACUUUGAAAGUGUUAGUGGGAGUAAGUCCAAAUGGUACUCUAACUUUUAUAUCCGGUUUGUGGGGUGGAAAAAUCUCAGACAAGGCAAUUACCCAAAAAUCAGGUCUUCUUGAUCUUCUUGAAAAGGGAGACAACAUCAUGGCUGAUAGAGGGUUCGACAUUAAGGACAUCCUUCCGGAAGGAGUUGGCCUCAACAUUCCGCCAUUUCUAAAUGGACGUAGCCAAUUGUCAGCCAGUGAAGUACGUGAAACCAUGGACAUUGCUUCUGUGCGAAUACAUGUUGAACGUGAAAUUGGGAGAAUCAAGAACUACCACAUUAUUGACGGGGUGAUGCCACUGAGUUUAAGCCACAUUGCUGAGCACAUUGUGAAGGUGGUGGCUUAUUUAACCAACUUUUUGCCACCUUUACUUCCACCAGCUCACAAAAUUAUGAAGUAACCAGUUACCUGGCUGUAAAAUGUUCUUACUUGACUUGAUUAUCUAUCUGCAUUGUGAUGGUGUUUAAGAUGUAUUCAUUGUUUUAAAUGUUACAUAUUUUUUGUUUUGUGUAUUGUUAUUAAAUGCUCAUUAAAUUUAUUCUAUUGGA